AUGUCGCGCCUGGCCGCCUGUGAAGCCUGCAGAAAGGCCAAACUGGCAUGCGAUCACAAAUUGCCGGUGUGCACCCGAUGCAGCACCAACCAGGGGAUCUGCAUCUACAGAACCACUCCUUUCAAGCGAAAGCGAGAGAAGCAGAGUUUGGGCUCCCCGGAUGAAUCUUCGUCAUUCAAUCCCAGGCGCAACCCGUACCCCAAUCCGGGGUACCUGGGAUCGUCGAGCCAUGCUGCUAUAUUCAAGCAUAUCACUCCGGAUGGAGACCAAGGGGGUCACCAAGCCAUCCCAGAAGCUCUGCACUCAGAUUUGUUUGGUGAUAACCACCUCGUUCUUCAAGGGGCCGAUAUCCUGAAACAUCUCUUGACAAAAUAUGAACUUUCCGCCAUGAAAGACUUGGUCACCUUCUGGUUGGCAAAGGGUGCGAAUCUCGCGCUGGCUGAGCCCUUUGUGAAUCAAUGCACCCGAAGUGUCAGUCAACUGUUUACUUAUCAUGACGAGAACUGGCAUUUGGUCUAUGCAAGACGUCUCUUGCAUAACUCAGCCCAGCCAUUGCAUUUUAAUGAUUCUUCCGAUCUGGGCGGAUUCUCGGCUCAGUUCUUAGACCACAACUCCCGAUGGGAGACCUUGGGAAUCUUCUUCGCUGCGGUCACUCGUGCGACGAUUGAUAUUUCAUUCUUUCCCGCUCUAUACACUACUGAACAACAGCAGUACACACUCCGAAGACUGUGUACAAAACUAUGUGACUUCGCCCUCGAGAUCUCCCUCUCUUUAGAUUGUCUCAAUGACCUCCAACUAAUAAUGCAAUAUGAGAAUUUUAUCGUCCACUCCUAUGUCGACGGCGACCAGAGCUACCACUCUUGGCGCAAGCUAGGAGAUGCAAUAUCCUCCACUUUCGCCCUGGGGUAUCAUGAAAACAUCGAAACGAAACUCGGAAUACCAACUUUCCUCAAGGAACUUCGGAAAACGGCUUUCGCACGCAUCUAUUCUGCAGACAAGAACAUAGCGAUAUUCCUCGGGCGGCCGCCGCGAAUGAAUAAACGCUUCUGCCAUUUCCAGAUUCCCGCCUGUCGCGACGCCCAGGGUUCCGAGUGGACCCCAGACGCAGAAGCGGGAUACAGAGCUGACACACGCUGGUCUGCGCUAUGCGCUUCCCUGAAGGAGGAAAUCUGGGAGCUUCUUCAGGAUAAACAUGACCCGUCUUGUGCUCAGCGAGCAAGUGUGAUUCAAAGUCAAGCAGAGGCGCAAUGGCAGGCUCUGCCAUCUCAUUUUAGACUCGAAAGCAGUCUCAAGCAAUGCGUUCAAGGUCCCUUCGAGCGGGACUUUGUAGCCGGCGUCCGGCUGCACCAUCUCCACGUCCUCUUCCUGCUUCGUCUUUUGCUCCUCAGAUCUCCAACCGAGCCCGAUCUUCCCAUCAUUGAAACAGCGGGCCAGAUGCUCACGCUUGUGGUGGAGAUUAUCCUGCUGCGUGAUCAACUGACUAAUUCCGGCACUGGUCUUAUCUGGAAGGUCGCAUACUACGGUCUUCCCGCCGCGGGGAUGAUGCUUCUCGCGAUGCUCAAACAUCAUAUGCCCCGAGCCCACCGGACACGCUCAUUGCAGGAUCUUAGCGUUUUUGUCGCAGAGGUUCAGAUUGGGACCAUUGUUCGGGCUGGAGAUCCGAACUAUGCCUUGCUUUCCAAGGCAACGAGGACCAUCCAGCGAUUCCUCGAUACUACACGCUCGGAUGCGCCGGUCGAACCGCUUGGGCAGGAGGAUGAGUGGGCUGCGCUUUUGAGCCAGGAUUUGUGGGAUUUUGAGGCUGGCUUCUGGCAGAGUCUGGCCGAUCACCCUUCUCUAUUGGCUAUCGAGCCUUCUUUACCUCCAGUUUGA